AUGGCGGUGCUACUGCGCAGUUACUUGGUGUUUCUGUUGGUGGUAAAUGCAUGCAAAGGGCAAAGCCAACAAGCAAACUUUUGCAAACCCUCAAUAUCUGCUGACAAACAUUUCCCAACAGAGGGUGAAAAUGUUACAAUCACCGUCAAAACAUGUCCUCGGAGCGAAAACAGUACAAUAUCGUGGAGUAAGUGUGGUCAAAUAGUUGGCACAUGUGUAAGGAACAGCUGCACUGCGGAAAACAUCAAGAACGAUCAAUCUGAGUUAGAAUCUACAUUCUUCAUAGAGAAAAGCAGCAAUGCCAGAGAUAAUUGUAUUGUAACUUUCAAAACAGAUGAUAUUGGACUUAAGUACAUUAUGAAAAUUUACAAACACCCAGAAAAAGUUUCUGUCACAGUAAAUGGAAAAAAAGACCGAAACAUUCAAGUAAGAGUUACUGAAUCCAUAAAGCUCGACGUGAAGACAUCAUGCAUGUAUCCUCGACCGUUUAUACAUCUUUUUUAUAAGGUCUUUUUUCCUUCACAACCUGAGAGCUUUCAGCUGAAAGGCAGUGAAUGUAACCCACAAGUGUAUACGAGUGACUUGUGCAUGCAAUGA